AGAACCUUGAGAGCAGGUCCUGAAGCAUAUGCGAGAGGCUGCAGAUCGGCGGCAGCAACUGGAGGCAGAGCAUGAGCAGGCCUUGGCUUUCCUCAACUCCAGACAGCAGGAGAUCAACCUUCUGCAGAAGGUUCAGGCUGAAGCUGAAAAAGAGCACGAAGAAGUGGUGCAUUUGCUAGAGGUCAAGGUUCAUGACUUAGAGCAGAAAUGCCGGACACAGAGUGAGCAGUGCAAUUUUUUGUCGAAAGAGCUGGAGAAAUAUCACCUGGGGUCAGACGUGGAGGAUACACUCAACACUGACUCACAGGAGAAAAACUUGUGCAACAGUUACAAAAGCCUGCAGCGCCAGGUCGAAAAAAGUGAUGAGAGAUCUGACGGAUCUCCACUGGUCUCAGAACUGCCCAUAGUACAGCAACACAAGAGAGACAAGCCGGAGCAGCUGUCGGUCAAACCCACCGUUCAAACCCAGAGUCGCUCCAGCAGCCCCAUGCAAGCAUCCUCUCAGAGGUUUAUGGAUGAUGAAGUGAGCCCAGCUCCGAGGACCAAGACAAGAUACACAGGCCAGGUCCGUCUCUGCACUGCCCGAUACAGUUAUAAUCCCUAUGAUGGACCAAACGAGCAUCCAGAAGCAGAGCUCCCUCUUGUGGCAGGGAAGUAUUUGUACGUAUAUGGAAACAUGGACGAUGAUGGAUUUUAUGAAGGAGAGCUAUUGGAUGGCCAGCGUGGCCUGGUUCCCUCUAAUUUUGUGGAGUUUGUCCAGGACAAGGAAAAGCCAUCUAUCGAGGGUGGAGAGGAGCAGGGCAGGCUGGAGCAGAGCUGUCUGAGCCUGGUGACCAUAGAUGGAGGCGCUCCUCUCGACAGCCUUAGCACUGAUGCCCUCGGUCACUGCAGCAAUGGGACAGGCGCUCUGGAUGGAGAGGAACUGAGUGAUGACAUCGUGCCUUACCCCAGGAAGAUCAACCUGAUCAAACAGCUGGCGAGAAGUGUGAUAGUGGCCUGGGAAGCGCCUCAAGUGCCCCUCGGCUGGGGCAACAUCAACGGCUACAAUAUCUUAGUGGAUGGGGAAGUACGCUCCUCUGUGCCGUUUGGAGGGAGGACCAAACUGCUUCUCGAAAAGCUGGACCUGGCUGCCUGCACAUACCGCGUGUCAGUACAGAGCGUGACGGACAGGGGGCUCUCUGAUGAGUUGCGCUGCACCUUGCUGGUGGGCCGCAAUGUUGUGGUGGCGCCCACCGGUUUGCGCAUGGAUGAUAUUUUACGUGACGCUGCUGAGCUUUCGUGGCUGCCCAGUAAUAGUAACUACGCCCAUGUUGUGUAUUUAGAUGGCGUGGAGCACGCUGUGGUGAAGCCAUGCUCUUACAAACUGCGUUUUGUAAACCUGAAGGCCGCCACAGUGUAUAAAGUAAAAGUGUUGGCCAAACCUCACCAGGUACCCUGGCACAUGCCUCUGGAACAGAGAGAGAAAAGAGAGGCUGGAGUGGAGUUCUGUACCCAAGCUGCAGGACCCCCUCUGCCUCCUCAAGAAGUCCAGGUCCAGUGUGGACAAGCCCCAGGAGUCCUCCAAGUUCGUUGGAAGCCCCCUCCAAUGACACCCAUGGGAACCUCCAAUGGUGCAAAUGUCAUUGGCUACGCAGUCUGCACUAAGGGUCAGAGGAUUGCUGAGGUGUUGUAUCCACUGGCAGAUUAUGCCGCAGUAGAACUGAACCGUCUCCAGUGCUUGGAGGCCCAUGAGGUUAUUGUCAGGACUUUAUCAGCACAAGGGGAAUCUCAAGACUCCCAUGCCGCCGUCAUUCCAAACCACCUGCUGGUGCCUCUUCCUAAAACCCUUCCUCCCUCUCACCACAUGCAAUCAUCUCUCCCACCCCAACAGUCCCAACCAAUGCCUCCUCAUCCCCAAAUUCGGACCCUUCCUCCUCACCCUGGACCACAACAACCCACCCAUCUCCAACCCCUUCCGUGCCCCAACCAGCCCCCAUCUCAUCUCCAUCCCCAUCGUAUGCCCCAUCCCACACAACCCUCACCCCACCUCCAGCCUUUACCACCACACCCCAUCCCUCAACCCCAGCCCACCAUCCCAAUGCCCCAGCCUCAGACAUCCAUGCCCAUGCCCCAACCCCAGCCACCCAUGCCUAUGCCUCAGCCCCAACAGCCCAUGGCCAUGCCUCAACCCCAACCGGCCAUCCCCAUGCUUCAACCCCAACCAACAAUCCCAAUGCCCCAGCCUCACAUUCCCCAACUACCCCUUCCCCAGUCCCAAAGACCACUAAGUGCCAGAGAACUGGAAACCAAAGAGCCAGGGCCAGGAAUGCAUCAUCAUGGAGGAGGCCCACCUCAGCCAUGGGAGCCUGGCUGCUCCCCAUCAGGCAUGCCCACAGGCCUGCCACAUGGACACACCCUGGAUGCUCCGGCCUGCCCAAACCUGCUCCCAUCACCUCAAAGGAUCCUUCCCCAACCCAGGGGUACACUCAUUCCUGACACUGUGGCCAAGGCUAUUGCCCGAGAGGCAGCCCAAAGAGUGGCUGCAGAAAGUGGACGGAUUUCUGAAAGUACUUUAAUAUAUUUAGAUGGAGAGGAGAAGCCAGGGUUUCACUCUCAAAAUUCAGAUGAGGAAGAGGAUGAGGAAAGCUAUCAGGCCCGCAGAAGAGGAGCAUCUGUGGAUGACUUCCUCAGGGGCUCAGAGCUGGGCAGGCAGUCUCAUUACAGUCACAGCGAAGAGUAUCAUACAGAGAGCAGUCGAGGCUCGGACCUCUCGGAUAUCAUGGAAGAAGACGAGGAGGAGUUGUAUUCUGAAAUGCAGCACGAAGAAGGCAGGCGACGAAACUCCCACAAUGCACCCAAGACCGGAGGCAGCACUCCAUCUUCGAGUCAGCUGGAUCGGGAAUCAUACCGGAAGCCAUCUCACAGAGGUCCUCAACCUCAGCGCCGACCCCUCACGGUCCCAUCCAUUGAGAUAACCACUGAGAGUAACAGUGGGAACCUCUCUCCGGUCAAGGAGGAUGUUUACUAUGGCAGUGUAGCGCGACACAGGACAUGGUCCUCCCGAAGGCACGGGGGACGCAGGCCUCCUUAUGGUACAUGGAUACCGGAACGGCCGCGCUCUCCCCCUUAUUAUGAUGAAUCUGAGCAAGAGGACCCGUUUCGAGUCUUUGUGGCACUCUUUGACUAUGACCCUCUCUCCAUGUCCCCUAACCCUGAUGCAGCUGAUGAGGAGCUCCCUUUUAAAGAGGGACAGAUAAUCAAGGUGUAUGGGGAUAAGGAUAAUGAUGGCUUUUAUCGUGGAGAGAUCCGUGGCAGGUCUGGACUUAUUCCCUGUAACAUGGUGUCGGAAAUCCGUGCUGAGGAUGAUGAAACUAUGGAGCAGCUCAUGAAACAGGGAUUCCUCCCUCUCAACACUCCUGUAGACAGAAUAGAACAAAAUAGGAGAGGUCGCCACCCAGUGGCCACAAGACGAAUGGUUGCCCUGUACGACUACGACCCCAGAGAGAGCUCCCCAAACGUGGACGUUGAGGCUGAACUGACUUUCUGUGCUGGCGAUAUCAUUGCUGUUUUUGGGGAUAUAGAUGAAGACGGCUUCUAUUACGGUGAGCUUAAUGGACAUCGGGGCUUGGUUCCAUCCAAUUUUCUCGAAGAAGUGCCUGAUGACGUGGAGGUCUAUCUGACGGACACUCCCUCUCACCACGGUCAGGACGAGUCCAAUCCGGUACCGGCACCGCGCCCAGAGACCAAACGGGUACACCAUCGCCGUUCUCAGCGCUAGGCCCUGUGUCCAUUCAUCCUCCGUUUGAGUUUCGGUCCACUCGCCGUCUCUGUGUUUUCUUGUGCUUGUUUGUUUUUUCGUUAUGUGACCGUGGUGGUGAUUUCCAGUCCAACCUUUCUUGCUCUAGGAAAGGGAGAAGCAAAGCCCACUGCAAACAGAGCCUAUUUUUGAGAGCAUAUAGAGAGACAGGUACAAACGUGACUCUAUUAAGAAAGCGAAUGUUCGUAGAGGGUCGCCAGAGGACUGUGGAAAAGGCCAAAUUCCAUUCCUGCGCCGGACUAUGAAUAAAGCAUAAAGCAUUUUUGCACUGAAACACAAAACCCUACUUAAGUGAAGAUGUUUGCAUUAGUCAAAGUGCUUUGUGAAGUCCAUAGGGUCUGUGGCUCGUGAUUUGUGACCCUGUUAAAAGACUGAUUUGGAAACUCACGUAGUUGACGCAUGCCUGUUUUUUCCAGGACAGACCUGUAGCUUUUAUAUAAAAAGUAAACUACAUUACCCCAAAUGUUGUGUUUCUUUGAGGAGGCUUUGUUUCUUUUUUUUGUAUAUUGCACAUUGUCAAAAAACUCUAUUUUUCAGAUCGUAUGAACUAGCAGAACAUAUAUUAUACUCAUUCCAUCUCUUUCUGAGAGACUAAAAUAAUAUCAUUCAUGAUGUAAUUACAAUAAAUUGAAAUAAAUGAAAAACCAAAACAAAUAUGUAUUUUUGCUAGUGGACAUUUAGUGAAUACUUAUGUUUGUUUUUGUGUAUGUGGUGUUGUUGUUUUUUU